CAGGACAAUAAUAUGUAACAAUAUCUGAAGUGACACCCAGUGUAAUGAUGCUGAGUGGGGACCGGGAGCCUCGCUUGUAACCUCUCCAAUCCGUUUUGCUUCCGGAGAAUAAAAUGUGUUUGUUAUGAAAGACAAGGCGAACACGAGUUGAUCGGAGAGGUUACAUAACCGUGGCCUGAGUGGCGCCGUGGUGCGGUGGAGAGGAGCAGCGGGGGCAGCAUGUCUUUGUACAGGAACGCCGUCUGGUUUAUGAAGGGGCUGCGAGAGUACACCAGGAGUGGAUAUGAAGCUGCAGCACAGCAGUUCGGUGCAAAAGAUCUAGAUGUGGAUGUGACAGGAAGGAGCUUCAUGAUCACGGGAGCUAACAGUGGGAUUGGCAAAGCUGCUGCUCUGGAGAUUGCAAUGCGAGGGGGAACCGUGCACCUCGUCUGUCGAAACAAAGAGCGAGCCGAAGAGGCCAAAGCUGAGAUUGUGAAGGCCAGCAAUAAUCAGGAUGUUUUUGUUCACAUCUUGGACAUGUCAAGACCAACGGUGAUCUGGACAUUUGCUGAUCAAUUCCAACAAACUCAUGGCAAGUUGAAUGUUUUGAUCAACAAUGCAGGGUGCAUGAUCAAUGAACGCCAGAUGACUGCUGAUCAGUUAGAAAGUAAUUUUGCAACAAAUACCUUGGGUACGUACAUUCUCACAACAGCUUUGGUGCCUCUCUUGCAAAAAUCUGAAGAUGCCAGGGUGAUCACGGUGUCAUCCGGAGGAAUGCUGGUUCAGAAGCUAAAUGUGGAAGAUUUGCAGUUUGAGAAAGGGCAAUUUGAUGGGACCAUGGCUUAUGCACAGAAUAAGCGUCAACAAGUAAUUAUGACGGAACAAUGGGCCAAAAUGUACAAGGACAUCCACUUCUCCUCCAUGCACCCUGGCUGGGCUGACACCCCAGCUGUUAGAAUUUCCAUGCCCGACUUCCAUGCAAGGAUGAAGAACAGGUUGAGGACAGCAGUUCAGGGUGCGGAUACGUUGGUGUGGCUCGCCAUCUCCAACAGGGCCUUUCAGGAACCCAGAGGCCUUUUCUUCCAGGAUCGGAAACCAGUGCCUUCUCAUCUAUUUCUGGCCCAAACAAGAGCAACACCUGCAGAGGAAGAGAAACUGAUGAAAAUGCUGGAGGAAUUAGCAGAAAACUUUAAACUGGGUGCUCACGGAAACACCAAUCCGAACUGAAGUCUUUACACUCAUUCAGAUUUUCACAGCAGCCAAAAAAAUAUCCUGAUCCAUUUGAUUCAUGUUGGAGAACCUCAAAACAAAUCAAAUGACAAGUCAUCUAACAUCCCAUGAUAUUUAUUUCAGUAUUGCAUUCACCUAUUAUCACACUACAGUGGAGAACAGAUUUGCCUUAAUUUUUAGCAACUUAACUAUACCUUGAGUAGAAAGUUGAUAUGCAGCCAGCCUUUACUCCAUUUUGUGGUUCCUGUUUCUUCAUCCCAUGGGCAAUAUCAUAUAUUUGCCUUUUUAUUCCUAUCUCCUGCUUUUUCAUUGUCUGUAUUUACAUUUUACUUUAUUUGACUCAUCACAGGAUACUAAAAGCUUCAGCUGCUAAUUUUAUAGUUAGAACAUCAAUCCUACAAGGGACUUUAACUUGGUUUCUUGUUACAAUAAAGAGUUGACAUAUCAGUGUAUUUUCACCAAAUGUACUCAACUCUGUUGCAUAUUUCCAAAUUCUUCAAGUUCUAAUUUUCAACUUAAAAAAAGUUUUUUACAUAAGCUUUUUUAUAUGUAUGUUCAAUGCUUCCAAGAUUGAUCCAAUUGCUCGUUUGCAUACAAUUAAUAAAAUAUCAGCAAUUUCAACA